ACACUACACAUCAGCAGGAGUCAUCGUGGAUCCUGAUCUCCACGCUAUGCGCUCUAAUCGCUUCGCCACACACUUUUAACACUCACGCAUUGCUCUUCAGGCUCAGCGCUUUGAAGCUUAUACUUACACUCGAAGAAGGAGGCAAAAGGCACUGCAAGUGCCAGGCUCGCCCAAGCCCCACCUACACUCUCAAGAACCGCCAGCCAAGCAAGGAGCUCUACGCAAUCUGCUGGACAUCUGGUGUCUGUCAGUCUCCCUCGUUCGCCAGAGGCGCUACUGUUCGAGGGCGUAUCGGUCCUAUCUUACGGCCCAGGAUCUUGUCGGCCAAGCGCGAACUCAUUCGCAAAUUGGAGCACACCGCUCGAGAUCGAUCACGUUGCCAGCUCGCAGCGGACCAAGUUCGUACAGACAGUGGCAAUAAGCGGAGGCGGUAUAGCGCCUUGGGAAGUGAUGAACUUCAUAUUCAAAAGCAAACAAAGGACACCGGGGGAGUUGGUGCGCCACCUGCGAGAAUCCAUAGGGAGAUUAGAGACGGCCAGUGCGGGCAGCAAUGUGGAGAGCAAACGAAAGGCUGGCGAGGAUGUGUCCAAGAAUCUCUUCCACAUCAAAGCGAUACUUUUCGGCGACGGAGAGAAUGAGCCCCAGCCAGAGCAAGUAGCUCAGCUCGCGCAAGAGGUCUACAACAACGAUGUGCUCCAGCUCUUGGUGAUCAACAUUUGGAGGUUCGAGUUUGAGGCUAAGAAGGACGUCUCGCAAAUUUUCAAUAAUCUUUUGAGGCGUCAGAUCGGGAGCAGGUGGCCCACUGUAGAGUACUUGGCUACCAAGCCAGAAGUGAUCUUCAGCGCGCUGAAAGGAUAUGAGAAUCCAGAUGUUGCUUUGAAUACUGGUAUGAUUUUGAGGGAGAUGCUGAGGCAUGAGGUGCUGGCAAAGACUUUGCUGUAUUCAGAGAAGUUCUAUACUUUCCCCGAUCACAUCGAGAAGACCACCUUCGGCGUGUCUUGCGAUGCCUUUGCCAAUUUCAAAGAAACGCUCACACGACACAAAGCGAUGGUUGCAGAGUAUCUGGAGAACAAUUAUGACAAGUUCUUUUCAAUGUACAAGGGUCUCUUGCAUUCGCCAAAUUACGUCACAAAGCGGCAGUCUCUGAAGCUCUUGGGCGAGAUUUUGCUGGACAGGACAAAUUUCAACGUCAUGACAAAGUACAUUGCAUCAGAGGACAACCUGAAGGAUAUGAUGAAUCUGCUCAAGGACAAGUCGAAGAACAUUCAGUUCGAGGCUUUCCACGUCUUCAAGGUCUUCGUGGCAAAUCCAAAGAAGCCGCCCGUCAUCGAGAACAUCUUGCGUCGCAAUAGGGAGCGGCUGGUGCAAUAUCUGACCAAUUUCCACAACGACAAAGACGACGAGCAAUUUGUGGACGAGAAGCAAUACGUGCUGCAGAUCAUCGAAUCCACCGGGCAACCCAAGGUGGCGGCAGCAUAGCAGCAUUACCUACCAGCCAGUCUCGACAAUUCAAGCGAGACUCCCUUUGCAUCUGCUUCCCACCAUCCACCAUCGAUUCGCGCUCCUAACGACAUACGCUCCCCGCACUCUCCUUGUAUCAACAGUCCUUCCGCGCCUCGCCCCUCCUCCCCCAAUCGACCGCCUUAAUCGCUGUGCUCAGAGCUAGGAGCUCGAAAUUGUCUCGAGUAGAUUGGCACGGAGUCCACGCUUCUUGAGCCUGCGACGAUCCGCGUUUGUGCCUGUCGUUGCGAAUCCUAGUCCUGUCAUGAAACACGAUUCGUCGCCCGGCACGUCCUCGAUGCUCUGCUUGCGAUUGAAAAGUAGCGCAACCUUGGCUGCUCCUCGCACAGCCACACAUACAACCAUGAAGUUUGGCGCAGCACAGUACUUCGCAC